AUAGCUGGAAGAAGAGAAGGGAUAGCAUCAUUCCUACAGUUUAUUACUGCAGAUCAUCGUUGAUUGAAACGACCUAGAGAUUGGAGACAUAUCUCUGCAAGUACAUAUAUACAUAGUACAUACGUAUAUGUAUACUUUUAUUGUUUGAUUUUCCGACUACCUGGCAGUCGAUCGCCAGAGGCAUAACAAGGAAUACCUUGCAUCUCAUACCCGCUGGAUGCAACUAACUGCAAGGAGCAGCAGCAGCAGCACCAUCGCAACGAUCUAGUCUGUUGAAACUGGUGUACGUACACUGUGUAGAAGAGAAACGUCAGAGCCCCAGUCGUCGUUCACUACGGCGCAACUCGAAGUCCGCCAAUCGAAUCCAAUACGGUAAUAUCUACACUAAAGAGACUACCGAAGAACCAACAUGGCCGAAAUCCAAGCCACGGGCCCUAUGGAGUCGCAUUUUGUGAGGGGUGAACAUACUCUCAGAGUGCCGAUGUCACUUUUCCGGGAGAACCGGGAAAGACUGGUCGCUCGCCUUCGGGCUAAUCCUAAUGUUCCGAAUAAGGGAGCAUUCGUUGUCUUGCAGGGUGGUUCGGAAAUUCCCUUCAACGACACUGACAUUUGCUGGCCGUUUAGGCAGGAGUCCUAUUUCCAAUGGUGUUUCGCUGUAGAAGAGCCAAAUUGUUUUGGAUGCUUGGACGUCACUAGCGGAGUGUCGAUUCUUUUUUUCCCUCGUUUACCACAGGAAUACGCAGUCUGGGAAGGCUACAUACAUUCAACCGAUGAUUUCCGAAAAAGAUACGCCGUCGACGAAGUUUAUUACACCGACGAAAUCGCCGAAGUACUUGCCAAGCGUGGAGCGACCCUCCUUCUGACUUUGCAAGGUCUCAACACUGACAGUGGGCUCAUUGCCCGGGAAGCUAUAUUCGAAAAGAUUGAGCAGUUCAACGUUAACAACGUAUUGCUACAUCCGGAAAUAGCGGAAUGCCGGGUGAUAAAAUCGCCGCGUGAGAUCGAAGUGCUGAGGUACGUUGUCGAGAUAAGUUCGGAGGCUCAUAAGGCGGUGAUGCGAGCAGUUCGUCCAGGAUUCGCAGAGUUCCAAGCCGAGGCAGUAUUUCAGCAUUACGCCUACGCUGUCGGCGGAUGUCGGCACGUCUCAUACACCUGCAUUUGUGGAUCUGGUCACAACUCGUCCAUUCUGCAUUACGGGCACGCUGGGGCCCCGAACAACAGGGUCCUCAAGGACGGAGACAUUUGUCUCUUCGACAUGGGAGGAAACUAUUGCGGUUACGCGGCUGAUAUUACCUGCAGUUUUCCUGCUAAUGGUAAAUUUACGAAGGAUCAAAAAAUGAUUUACGACGCCGUCCUGGAGGCAAGAACAGCGGUGCUUAAUGCAGCAAAGCCAGGAGUUUCUUGGUCGGAUAUGCACAUUCUGGCAAACAAGGUUUUACUGUCCAAUCUUGUCAAGGGUGGACUCCUUGUCGGAGACAUUGAUGAAAUGAUGAGCGCCGGACUCGGUGAAAUAUUUCAACCGCAUGGCUUGGGACACUUUUUGGGACUCGACGUUCACGACGUCGGCGGUUAUCUUCCCGGGCAUCCCGAAAGACCCUCGCAACCCGGAUUGAGGAAACUUCGUACCGCUAGGACACUGCGGGCUGGAAUGGUCCUCACGAUCGAACCGGGAUGUUAUUUUAUCGACUGUAAACUAGACGAGGCGUUGGCGAACAAGGACCAGGCAAAGUUCAUUAUGCAAGAAGAGUUGCAACGUUUCCGAGGGUGGGGAGGAGUUCGGAUAGAGGACGAUGUCCUCAUUACCGAUACCGGAGUGGAAAACAUGACAAAAGUACCCAGGACCACCGAAGAAAUCGAGGCUUGGAUGGCCGGAGGACGAGAUUCGAAAUUACCUCAGGAAUGUAGGGUUUCGGAUAAUUAAUUCUUUCCGUCUCACGAGUUGAGCUGGGUAAAUCCUGACGUAUAUAUAUUUUUUACCACAAAUUUUUACAUCCAAUAUUUUGUACACCCAUUAUGCGGUAAGUUGAUGAUCGUCUCAAAUCUUUAUUAAUCAGAUCCUUCGGUGUGCACUGAUGCCUGAAAUACUUUAAAUAUAUUUUCAAAAUAUGUCAUUAUAUAAUUUUGCAUAUCACGAUGAAUAUGAAUUGAUAAAAAAAAAAAAAAAAAAAAAAAAAAAAACUUACACGAGUACGUAAAAUAUGAUUGCCUCGUGAAUAAUAUUGGAUAUUGCAUCCAUAUACGGUAAAUUUGGGAUAAUGGCGUGUAUGAUAUUAGCUUUACGUAUUAUAGGUAUACUUUGAAAUAAAUGAUGAUACCUUUGUUAAA